AUGGAGGACCUGUGUGUGGAGUCUUUUCAAGAUUACCUGUCAGACGAAAAUUGUAUUGAACGCAACAAUCUGCACAACGAUUACGAGCGGUUUAGAAGACAGAGUUCGUCGGAUCUUUAUGACACAGACAACCAGACCACCGGCAUCUACUCCCAACCGGGACGACCGGACUUCAAUACUACCAAGCUCGACCGCGCCGUUAUCGAUCGCAUGAAUUCGGCCUCCCCUGCCCUGAAGAAAGGCCACCACCAUGUGGCAGCUGUCGACAUCUGCCAAAUCUGUGAAGAAGAUAAGUGUGCUUACUGUGACGUAGAAUACGAUGAAUUCCAUAACGACGACAAGAACGACGACAGCCGGUUUCGCAUGCACCAUCGGAAGUUUCCAUGCUGCCGAACCCAGAAGUCCUCGUCGCACAAAAGCCAUAAGCCGUCUAGAACGCCAUCGUAA